CUCUUUUUGACCCUUUUAUUAUUUCUCUCUCCCCCUCUCUAUUUUUACAUCCUUUUCAGACACUGUGUUCAAGUAAUACAUACUCUCAAGUCUAGAGAGAGAGAGAGAGAGAGCGAGAGGGUGAUAGAGAGAUAAUGGGGUCUUUGCCAGGUGAAACUGCAAGGAAGAAGGCAAUGUGGCUCUAUCCAAAGGUUACGGGAUUAAAUCCUUCUGAGAGAUGGGGGCACUCUGCUUGCUAUGCUCGUGGGGUUUUGUAUGUUUUUGGGGGAUGUUGUGGAGGUAUGCAUUUCAGUGAUGUUCUUAUGCUUAAUCUUGAAACAAUGGUCUGGAACACUCUUGCAUCAACUGGUCAAGGGCCUGGUCCUAGAGACAGCCAUAGUGCCGUUGUUCUAGGGCACAGGAUGAUAGUUUUUGGAGGUACAAAUGGCUCUAAGAAGGUAAAUGAUCUUCAUAUAUUGAAUCUUGUGACCAAAGAAUGGACACGACCAGAAUGUACGGGGACUCCACCUUCACCCCGUGAAAGCCACACUGCCACGCUUGUUGGUGACGAAAAAUUAGUGGUAUUUGGGGGUAGUGGAGAAGGUAAAGGAAAUUACUUGAACGAUCUUCAUGUUCUAGACCUUAAUACCAUGAGAUGGACUUCCCCUGAGGUGAAGAGUGAUAUUCCUGUUCCUAGAGAUAGUCAUAGUUCUCUAGCAAUAGGAAAGAAGCUUCUUGUGUAUGGUGGAGACCGUGGUGAUAGGUAUUAUGGCGGCAUUGAUGUGUUUGACAUGGACACACUGACUUGGUCAAGGUUGGCUGUUCAAGGAUCUUCACCUGGUGCCAGGGCUGGCCAUGCAGCUGUGAGUGUCGGGACAAAGGUCUAUGUCAUUGGAGGGGUUGGAGACAAACAUUACUACAAUGAUGUUUGGGUCCUAGAUGUGAGUACUUGUUCAUGGACCCAACUUGAUAUAUGCGGCCAACAGCCACAAGGGCGAUUCUCUCACACUGCUGUUGUUACAGAUUCUGACAUUGCUGUCUAUGGAGGGUGCGGGGAGGACGAGCGCCCUCUGAAUGAGUUGCUGGUGUUGCAGCUUGGAGCAGAACAUCCCAAUGGUCGUUACAAUAUUUCCAUGUGCAAAAUUUUCGGAAGCCAUUGGAACCAAGAGAGGAGAAGGCUCUCUAAAGGAGCAGAUUUUAACACGCAGAAAACUAUGCUGAUGGGGAACCAUGUAGUAGUAAGAGAAACAGCUGAACCAGAAUCAGAAGCGAAACGAUCUCUCCAAAACAAAUCAGAUAGUACUUUACAUCCAAAAAGGAGAAGAACCACCGGUACAAAAGCAUGGGACGUCGAGUCAGAACAAGAGGAGCAUUCUCUAUCACUCUCCCAGCAUUCAUCACCAUCACACUCUGACCAAGAACAGACACCAAAUCCUAGAAUUGUUGAUUCAGCCCCAGGUUCUCAAGGUUUUAAUUUGUUUAAGAAAAAAAUUCAGAGUCCGAGAAAUAGCCAAUCUCCCAAUGCUUUAAGUAACUGUAAAGAUCUUAGAAAUUCUGUUCAAAAAUCUCCAAACCUUAACUUGUUAGGAGAUCAUCAAACCGAACUAAAACGAGAACAGCAUCCUCAUGUCAGCACUGGCAGACCAAUUAUGCAAUAUCCAGCUGUAGAGCAGAAAACUUAUGAGGCAGUGCCUGUUCAGAACCUGAUUGGCGCCGAGGUUCAAGGCAAAGUUGAUGGAGCAUUUGACUCAGGUUUCUUAAUGACAGCAACUGUUAAUGGAAGGCUAUAUAGAGGGGUCUUGUUUGCACCAGGAGCUGGGAUCAUCUCAAGAGUGCCAACUGUUGCACAAAGCACUUCAUCUUCAACAAGCCAAAUCCCCAUUGCCAUUGCCCAACCAUUCCCAAACCCGAACCGCACAGAGCCACCCUUGAAGCUAUCCGAGCAGCCAAUGAAGAAUUCCAUGCCAGGGUCAGGUUUAGGCCUCAGGCAACCUCAGGUGGCUCGACCAUUUUCGGUCAUUCGAGCCACUUCAUCCUUAGCCAAAGAAAACAACCUUACAAGUGAUCUUCCUGGUGUGUUUUUGUCACUUGGAGGACCAGGAAGUGGUUCUGGUGGAUCUUAGAAGCUCCUAUAUUGGAUGAUAACUUAUUCCUUGCUCCUUUUUAGAAAUUUUGUAAUUUUACACAGCUAGGUUAUCUUUGUUAAGUUCUAUGUCAUCAGUUGAUUCUUUGAAUCAAAUGAUGAUCGAGUGGUAACUUGGUAGGUA